CGCCUGCUCCCCGCCUGGCGUCCGGCGCGGCGUCCUGAAACAGCCUAGGGAAGUGAAGCCGCCGCUGGGAAGCAGAACGCGCCGGUCCGUCGCAGACUCCGCAGCAUGAGUGCGCUCGGCCCGGCCCUCCGCAUCCUGCUGCUGCUGCUCUGUCCAGCGCAGGUGUUUUCACAAUCCUGUGUUUGGUAUGGAGAAUGUGGAAUUGCAUCUGGGGAUAAAAGGUACAAUUGCAAAUAUUCUGGACCACCAAAACCAUUGCCGAAGGAUGGGUUCUCUCACCAAAAGGAACUCUGCCCAGGAUUCUUCUUUGACAAUGUCAGUCUCUGUUGUGACGUUCAGCAGCUUCAGACAUUGAAAGACAACCUACAGCUGCCUCUCCAGUUCCUAUCCAGAUGUCCAUCCUGUUUUUAUAACCUACUGAACCUGUUUUGUGAGCUGACUUGUAGCCCUCGACAGAGUCAGUUUCUGAAUGUUACAGCAACUGAAGAUUACGUUGAUCCUGUUACAAAUCAGACGAGAACAAAUGUAAAAGAGUUACAAUACUAUAUUGGACAGACUUUUGCCAAUGCAAUGUACAAUGCCUGCCGGGACGUGCAGGCCCCCUCAAGUAACGAAAAGGCCCUGGGACUCCUGUGUGGGAAGGACGCUGCUGCCUGCAAUGCCACCAACUGGAUUGAGUACAUGUUCAAUAAGGACAACGGACAGGCACCGUUCACCAUCACCCCUGUUUUUUCAGAUCUUCCAGCCCAUGGAAUGGAGCCCAUGAAUAAUGCCACCAAAGGCUGUAAUGAGUCUGUAGACGAGGUCACAGGGCCAUGCAGCUGUCAGGACUGCUCCGCCACCUGUGGCCCCAAGCCACAGCCCCCACCCCCUCCCGUUCCCUGGAGGCUUUUCGGCUUGGACGCCAUGUAUGUCAUCAUGUGGAUCACCUACAUGGCAUUUCUGCUUGUGUUUUUUGGAGCAUUUUUUGCAGUGUGGUGCUACAGAAAACGGUAUUUUGUCUCGGAGUACACCCCCAUUGAUAGCAGCAUAGCUUUUUCUGUUAAUGGCAGUGACAAAGGGGAGGCGUCCUGCUGCGACCCAGUGGGUGCAGCAUUUGAGGGCUGUUUGAGGCACCUGUUCACACGUUGGGGGUCUUUCUGCGUCCGAAACCCCGGCUGUGUCAUUUUCUUCUCUUUGGUCUUCAUCACGACGUGUUCUUCAGGCCUGGUGUUUAUCCGGGUCACGACCAAUCCAGUCGACCUCUGGUCAGCCCCUCGCAGCCAGGCUCGCCUGGAGAAAGAGUACUUUGACCAGCACUUUGGGCCUUUCUUCAGGACAGAGCAACUCAUCAUCCGGGCCCCCCUCACCAACACACACACUUAUGAGCCCUACCCCUCAGGAGCCGACGUGCCAUUUGGACCUCCACUUAACGUAGAGAUUUUGCACCAGGUUCUUGACUUACAAACAGCCAUCGAAAACAUUACUGCGUCUUAUAACAAUGAAACUGUAACACUUCAGGACAUCUGCGUGGCCCCUCUCUCACCAUAUAACAAGAACUGCACCAUUCUGAGUGUGUUAAAUUACUUCCAGAACAGCCAUUCUGUGCUGGACCACAAAAUAGGGGACGACUUCUUUGUGUAUGCUGAUUACCACACACACUUUCUGUACUGCGUACGGGCUCCUGCCUCUUUGAAUGAUACAAGUUUGCUCCAUGAUCCUUGUCUGGGUACUUUUGGUGGACCAGUGUUCCCCUGGCUUGUGCUAGGAGGCUACGAUGACGAAAACUACAAUAAUGCCACAGCCCUUGUGAUUACCUUCCCUGUGAAUAACUACUAUAAUGAUACAGAGAAGCUCCAGAGGGCCCAGGCCUGGGAAAAAGAGUUUAUUGAUUUUGUAAAAAACUACAAGAAUCCAAAUUUGACCAUUUCUUUCUCUGCUGAACGAAGUAUUGAAGAUGAAAUAAAUCGUGAAAGCAACAGUGAUCUCUUCACCAUUGUAAUUAGUUAUGCUGUAAUGUUUGUAUAUAUUUCCCUUGCCUUGGGGCAUAUCAAAAGCUGUCACAGGCUUCUGGUGGAUUCGAAGGUCUCCCUAGGCAUUGCAGGGAUCCUGAUCGUGUUGAGCUCGGUGACAUGCUCGUUAGGCAUCUUCAGCUAUAUUGGGAUCCCCCUGACCCUCAUUGUGAUUGAAGUCAUCCCGUUCCUGGUGCUGGCUGUUGGGGUGGACAACAUCUUCAUUCUGGUGCAGACCUAUCAGAGAGAUGAACGUCUUCAAGGGGAAACCCUGGAUCAGCAGCUGGGCAGAGUCCUAGGAGAAGUGGCUCCUAGUAUGUUCCUGUCAUCCUUUUCUGAGACUAUAGCAUUUUUCUUAGGUAAUUAUGCUUUAAAUUCUACCAAUCCUAUGAUAGCAGUAUUUGUGGGUGUUCUGUCAUUCAGUGUUGCAGUCCUGAACAAAGUGGAAAUUGGAUUGGAUCAGUAUCUUUCCAUGCCAGACGACUCGUAUGUGGUGGAUUACUUCAAAUCCAUCAGUCAGUACCUGCACGCAGGGCCGCCGGUGUACUUUGUUCUGGAGGAAGGACACAACUACACUUCUCUGCAGGGGCAGAACAUGGUGUGCGGUGGCAUGGGCUGCAACAACGACUCCCUGGUGCAGCAGAUAUUUAACGCGGCUCAGCUGGACAACUAUACCCGAAUAGGCUUUGCUCCCUCGUCCUGGAUCGACGAUUAUUUUGACUGGGUCAAGCCGCAGUCGUCUUGCUGUAGAGUCUACAACACCACGGAGCAGUUCUGCAACGCGUCAGUGGUUGACCCUGCCUGCGUCCGCUGCAGGCCUCUAACUCCAGAGGGCAAACAGAGGCCUCAGGGUGAAGACUUCAUGAGAUUCCUACCCAUGUUCCUCGCUGAUAACCCCAACCCCAAGUGUGGCAAAGGGGGACAUGCUGCUUAUAGUUCAGCAGUUAACAUCCUCAGCAAUGACACUGGGGUUGGAGCCACAUAUUUCAUGACCUACCACACCGUGCUUCAGACCUCUGCUGACUUUAUUGAUGCAAUGAAAAAAGCCCGACUUAUAGCCAGUAAUAUCACCGAAACCAUGGGCAUCAACGGCAGUGGUUACCGUGUGUUCCCGUACAGUGUGUUUUAUGUCUUCUACGAACAGUACCUGACGAUCAUUGACGACACGAUCUUCAACCUCGGCGUGUCCCUGGGAGCAGUAUUUCUGGUGGCCGUGGUUCUCCUGGGCUGCGAGCUGUGGUCUGCGGUCCUCAUGUGUGCCACCAUCGCCAUGGUCUUGGUCAACAUGUUUGGAGUUAUGUGGCUCUGGGGCAUCAGUCUGAACGCUGUGUCUUUGGUCAACCUGGUGAUGAGCUGUGGCAUCUCCGUGGAGUUCUGCAGCCACAUCACCAGAGCGUUCACAGUGAGCACGAAAGGAAGCCGUGUGGCCCGCGCAGAAGAGGCGCUCGCCCACAUGGGCAGCUCUGUCUUCAGUGGAAUCACACUUACUAAGUUUGGAGGGAUUGUGGUGUUGGCCUUUGCCAAAUCUCAAAUUUUCCAGAUAUUUUACUUUAGGAUGUAUUUAGCAAUGGUGUUACUGGGAGCCACCCACGGAUUAGUGUUUCUUCCCGUCUUGCUCAGUUACAUAGGACCAUCAAUAAAUAAAGCCAAAAGCUGUGCCACUGAGGAUCGAUACAAAGGUACAGAGCGAGAACGACUCCUAAAUUUCUAGCCGCUCACAGGGUUUGGUGACUGAAUGUGUCUAAGGGUCAUUUGAGCACUGGCUGUCUGCUGCACUGUCGAGGCUCAGUUGGACACCGGAUGUUCUCAAACAUCAGGCUAUUCGACACCAGCAGCUUUUAAACUCAGGAAUGACAUGUGACUUGUAAGGCAGCAUCACUACAUCUGAAGGCAACCCAGGGACACUAAACCUCUCCCAACUUUCUUCAGGAAAGAAACCUCAUUCUUGGGCGAGUGGAAGGUGAUGCCAGGAUGGCUG